CCGUAGUCUCCUCUUCCACCAAGAACUGUACCAACCACGGGUCGCCAUCGAUUGACAAGGGCCAGGCAAGUAGAGAGGAGGGAAGGCGAGAAGUGCUUCUUCUCCCUCUUGCCGCGGAGCUUGCCGGAGCCGCGGUGGCUGCGCUCGCCGGCGGGGAAGAGGAGUCGCGGACGUCGCGCCUCCAGUCUUUCUUCACCUCCGUGCUCUCUGGACUCCUCGGCCAGGCCGAGAGCGACGAGGAGGAAGAGAUGGCCACGCGCAACCACAACGCCGCCGCCGCUGCCGCUCCGCAGCUUCAUCAGAACAGAGGCGGUGUUCCCACUCUAGGAAAGCAGAAGGCCGUCGUGGCCGGCAGAGCUGACGCCCAGAACCGUCGAGCCCCCCUGGGCGACAUCGGCAACUACGUGAGCGUACGCGCAGCCGAAGGCAAGCCGCAGCCGCCGCACGAGCAGGUGAACCGCCCUGUCACCAGAAGCUUUGGUGCUCAACUGGUAAAGAACGCAAUCAAGCAGAAUGUCGCAAUUGCACCUGCAGCGGUGGCGGGGCCUGCGCCGAGGCUGGCCAGGAAGGCUCCUGCCAAGCCUCCUCCUCCGGAGCAUGUGAUUGAGAUUAGCUCCGACUCCGACGGCAGCAAGAUGAAGUCGGAGAGCAGCGCCUGCUCUGUCCGCAAAUGCUCGAGGAAGAAGGUCAUUAACACUCUUACUUCUGUGCUGUCAGCCCGCUCUAAGGCUGCAUGUGGGAUCACUCAUAAGGCUCCACAAGCGAUCGAAGAUAUCGACAAGUUAGAUGGUGACAACGAGCUCGCAGUUGUGGACUAUAUUGAAGACAUCUACACGUUCUACAAGGUUGCAGAGCAUGAGAGCCGGCCAUGUGACUACAUUGACUCCCAGGUGGAGAUCAAUUCAAAGAUGAGGGCUAUCCUGGCCGACUGGAUCAUUGAAGUGCACCACAAGUUUGAGCUGAUGCCGGAAACCCUCUACUUGACUAUGUACAUCGUCGACCAGUACCUCUCGCUACAGCCUGUCCUGCGAAGGGAGCUGCAGCUGGUCGGCGUUUCAGCCAUGUUAAUUGCUUGCAAGUACGAAGAGAUUUGGGCCCCCGAGGUGAACGAUUUCAUCUUGAUAUCAGACAGUGCGUAUAGUAGGGAGCAGAUCCUUUCAAUGGAGAAGGGAAUUUUGAAUAGGCUUGAGUGGAAUUUAACUGUUCCUACUUCAUACGUGUUCCUCGUCCGCUUUCUGAAGGCAGCAUCUUCGGAUAUAAAAAAUGACAAAGAGAUGGAGCAUAUGGUCUUCUUCUUCGCGGAGUUGUCACUGAUGCAAUACGGUCUGGUGACGCGCCUGCCUUCAAUGGUUGCUGCUUCUGCUGUCUAUGCAGCCAGGCUCACUCUGAAGAGGGCUCCCCUGUGGACUGACACGCUCAAACACCACACAGGCUUCAGUGAGUCACAGCUAAUGGACUGCGCCAAGAUGCUCGUGAGCUCACACUUGACUGCUCCUGAGAGCAAACUGAGGGUUGUAUACAAGAAGUAUUCCAGCGAGCCGUUCGGAGGGGUCGCGCUUCGUCCACCGGCAGUGGAGAUCUGCAAAUAAACGAAGAUAACUUUUGUCCUAGAAUUUGUUUGUGUGUGCUCUAGAAAGUGAGGAAGGCGAGUCUGACAACAGUCGCUAGAUUUUAUUAUUGCUUGUUUGGAGUCAAGAAAGUUUGAACACUUGAGACAGCCGUUUCUUUGCUACGCUGUUCUCUCAGGAGUCAGGAGUGUUUAUUCAUAAGUAUGUGAUGGAUAUACACCUUGGUGUACAUACCCGUCGUGAAGUUAUGAACGCUGAAUUGGUUCCUGUCAUCUGAAUUUUA